AUGUGGCAAGACACGCUGACUUGGUGCAACGCAGGAGGCCACACUAGCAAUCCACGUGCUCGUAAUCGGACAGCCCGGAUGCGUUCCUGCGCGUGUGGAAGGUCUGGAUCUGUUCCCUCUUCAGGAGAGGUUGAGGAAGAGACAAAUGGAGUGGAAGAGGCUAAGUAUCCAGGAUAUGGAGGAUACCCCGGAGGCGGAUAUAACGGUGGACGCCGCGGAUACAACGGUGGGUACAACCGUGGGUACAACGGUGGACGUGGAGGAUACAACGGUGGACGUGGAGGAUACAACGGCAGAAGAGGGUAUUGCCGCUAUGGUUGCUGCGAUAGAGGUUAUCAUGGGCGCGGAGGUUGCAGGCGCUGCUGCCACUAUGCUGGUGAGACUGUUGAUGCCCAAACCCAAGUCCAGACACAUGACUAGAGCACCAUAAAUUAUAAAUAAGCGCUACAAUGCAUAGCUCGGUGUAUAU